UUUAAUACUUCGAGGUUGGUAAUAUUGUUUUUCGAGUCUUCGAUGGAUCUCGAAUCAGUUUUGCAACGCGUAUUUUUACCGCUCCGUAUUUAUAUGGCAUUUAUCGCGAUUAUUAUUGUGUUAAAGAAUCUCACGUGCGAUAAAUUAUUUCGCAAAACGUCGGACAUUUUACGAAAUGCAUUAAACAUCGUGUACAAUGUUAUUGUCCAAAUAUCGUGAUUUUUUGGUGUCGACAAUGACGAUUAGCUUUUGCGGGAAUCGAUUUUUCGCGUCGAUCGUUUAAAGUUUAUACUUAUUCAAUCGCAAUAUUAUUAUUGCUAAUUCGACCUUGAUCCAAUAGAGUCUUAAAACAGCUCGUGUUUUCUAACCUGUCUUUAACGGCCGCGAUUUAUAGUGAUGCGUUUUAAUAGAAUUCGUGCCGUGAGUUAUUAAACGAAUUCUUGCAAUAUUUACAUUACGCUCGUGAUAUUUUAUAUGUUAUAUAAGCGACGAGAAUGGUAGUUACUAUAGAUUCUAUCUUAUAUUUAUGUAUCGUGGCGGUUCUUUGGGGAGUAACUAAUCCAUUUAUAAAGAAAGGUGCGCAAGGUUUGGAGAAUGUCAAGGCUACCUCGUUUCAUGUGCAAUUUAUCAAGGAGAUCGGGUUCCUUGUUACCAAUUUAAAGUAUAUCCUGCCGUUCAUUCUUAACCAGUGCGGCUCGGUGCUGUAUUUUCUUACUCUGCAAAGCACCGAUAUAUCUUUGGCUGUGCCAGUUUCAAAUUCCCUUACCUUUGUGUUCACCGCAAUCACAGGCUGGUUCCUGGGCGAGGAAAAAGUGCACAAAAAUACCUAUUUGGGGAUGAUACUUAUCCUAUGCGGAACAACAUUGUGCUGUUGGGAUAAAUUGAAUAAAACUGUGGAAUUGUGACUUGCACAUUUCAGACAACAAUCAUGCAUCGUUAUCCUUUCUGUUCCUGUCCAUCCAUAUCCUGUCAAUUAAUCAACAUCCUGUGAGUACCACAAUAUGAUUAACAGAUAUGAUCCAUUCCAACAAACGAAAUAAAGCAAUAUCAUGCUUAAUUUCACGAAUAUCAUGGAAUAUAUAUUUGAAUAUAUUUUAUUAUUAAUGUGAUAUUAUAUGCUAGUUUAUUUUAUGUAUUAAUCAUGUUACAAAAUAUAACACGUUCUUAGUUUUUGCGGAUUUCUAUGUGUUUAACGCAUUUUAUGCUUACAAAAAGAAUAACGUCUAUAUUAAUACAUAAUAGAUUUUAUUGGUAAUUACGUACAAUAUUGUUAAUAUAUAUAUUCAUGAUAUUUACAUGCAAAUCGUUUAAUGAUCCGUAUGUACACAUACACAUGUAAGUAGCACCAGAUAGGAAUGAAGUAAUCGCUAUGGUGCAAGAUGACUAUUUAUGUCGCCAUAUAUAGUUAAUUUAUCUUUUUGUCCACACGCAAAAGCGUAUCACAGUACAACAAAUAACGUUUAGCGUUGCGUGUUUUACUCCUUUACAUAUUGUUAUUGGAAAUGGCAAAAGUAUCUCUCAAAUAUGAAAAAUUUGCAAACAGUAUAACUGUAUUACAGUAUAUAACUGUAAUCUGUGAUCCACGUAUGUAUAGCGACAAGAGUUUAUGUAGAAACGCAAUAGGUUCUAGUAAAAA